AUGGCGCCCAAAGUUGCAAUUAUUUAUUAUUCGAUGUAUGGCCACAUCGUUAAAAUGGCUGAGGCUGAGAAAGCUGGCAUUGAAGCUGCUGGUGGUACUGUCGACAUCUUCCAGGUUGAGGAGACCCUUGAUCAGGGAGCACUAAAAGCGAUGAGCGCCCCUUCGAAGGCCGACUACCCCGUUGCUACUCCCGAAUUUAUCAAAAAUCAAUUCCCAACAUACGACGCAUUUUUGUUCGGAAUUCCCACUCGAUAUGGGAACUUCCCUGCUCAAUGGAAAGCAUUCUGGGACCGAACCGGCGGGCUGUGGACAUCAGGCGCCCUCUGGGGCAAAUAUGCUGGAGUCUUCAUUUCCACUGGAACCCCUGGUGGUGGUCAGGAGUCUACCGCUAUUGCCUCCAUGAGCACUCUUGCUCACCACGGCAUUAUUUAUGUGCCACUGGGUUAUAAAACCGUUUUCCCAAUCCUCGCCAACCUAGAUGAGGUCCGAGGAGGUUCUCCUUGGGGUGCCGGAACCUUUGCAGGACCCAUUGGCCAACGCCAGCCAUCAAGCCUUGAACUCGAACUUGCAACUGAGCAAGGCAAGGCCUUCUAUCAGGCGGUCUCCAAGGUCAACUUCCAAUGACUACAUGGUAGCGAGGCGGGGGCUGCCACGAAUGGCGCGACUGAGACAGUCCCUGGCACUAAGGCGAAGCCUGCGGGUGAGGCCGCAAACACAUCGGCUUCGACUGGCGGAGCAUCAGGGCCUAACAAGGAGGAGAAGCGCGAGAAGGAAGGCCCGUGUGGUCUGCCCGCAAAGUGUUCUAUCCUUUAAAUAAUAACGUUGAGUGAAAUAAAUGCCACAGAUUGUUUG